UUUUAUGAUUCCAGUAGAAAAUUGUAUCCAAUACCAACCGUAGAGUGAGAAGAGUGAGAGGAAACGGUUCCUCUGAUGUAACGUCACCCUGUAAUGUUUUCGUUGAUAUGUAAGAGCCACUAAAAAUUAGUUCACAUAUCAGCGACAAUGUUAAGAUGAUGUUAACUCAGAUAAUCUCCUUUCAGAGUGAGAGGUCAGUGUAUUCAGACAAAAUAGCCCAACCCAGACCGGGCCCAAGAAAAUUUUGGGCUUCUGUAAGGCCCAUACAGUAGCAUUCUAGCCCAUCCCAGACAGAACCCUCGCUGCCGCCGACGAUGACGUCCGUGCGCAGCUCCGCCGCGUCCCUGCUGCCGUCGAUCCGCGGCGCGGCGGAGCUGGUCCGCCGGGAGGCGCUCCGUCGCGAGCUGGACGGGUGCCAGCUGCUCGCGGGCAUCUGGUGCCACGGGCUCACGGCGGCGCAGCUGCGGAGCAUCCGCGCGUCGCUCCCGCCCACGGCGCGGCUGCUGGUGACGAAGAACUCCGACAUGGCGGCGGCCGUGGCGGGCACGCGGUGGGAGGCGCUCUGCCCCUGCGCGCGCGGCAUGAACGCGUGGCUGUUCGUGCGGUCCGACGAGAUCCCGCCGGCGCUAAAGCCGUACCGCGACUUCCAGAAGGAGUGGCGGCUGCAGCUCAACGACUUCGCUGGCGCCGUCUUCGAGGGACGCCUCUACGGGCCCGACGACUUCGCCAAGCUCGAAGCCAUGCCCACCAGAGCGCAGUCCUACCAGUACCUCCUCGGCUGCGUCGAGAUGCCCGCCGUUAACGUCCUCGCCGUGCUCCGCGCGCGACAGGAGGCCAUGGCGCAGUCCGACAAACCGAACGCGGAGGGAGAGGCGGCAACGACGGCGGCGGCGGAGUAGAAGUGAUCCGUCGACGUCGACGAGGUUUCUUUGUGCGCAUCUCACUCAGCAUCCUUGAUCGAUGUUGCGACUCAACAAUGGUUUGGCUUAAAAGAAGCUCCUUUUUCUUUUUUCUUUUUUUUGCAAAUUUUUGCUGCUACAGUUUGAUCUCAGUUUGGGAUACAUGCAAUAGAAACGCUCGUAAAUCAUAAGGACUCAUUGCUCGAAUGUAUUAUCAUGAUCAUGAGUUUGAUUUGGAA